AUGCCCAAGAUUACAAUUUUAUCAGGCGGAACUGCCACUAAUGAGCUAGUGCCUCUUUUCACGAAUUUAUCGCAAAAAAACAAGACUACAUACGUUCUUCCUAUUUCCGAUAAUGGUGGCUCAACCUCGGAAAUCAUUCGCGUGAUUGGCGGUCCAGCCAUAGGUGAUAUACGGUCUCGACUUACACGACUAAUACCUCAGCAUCAACUGGAUUUGCGGGAGUUGUUGAGUUUUCGACUAUCAUUGAACCCCAAAAUAGCUAAACAAGAAUGGAACGAUAUUGUCGAAGGCACCCAUCCUUUAUGGAACUCUUUAUCGUCCAGCACCAAGGAGAUAUUUCGAGCAUUUUUUGUUCAUUUGCAUGUCGAAUUACUCAAAAGGUCUAGAAUAACACAAUCAACAAAGAGGCAGUUUCGAUAUGAGUUGGCUAAUGUUGGCAAUUUGUUUCUCACCGGUGCGAGAUUAUUCAUUGGCUCGUUGGACUCGUCUAUCGAACUAUUCUGUAGAUUGACUGAUGUUGACCCCGAUGUUCAAGUUUUACCGUGCAUUAAUACAAAUUUUACAUACCAUAUAAGUGCAUUGCUUGAAAACGGACUUAUAAUUACGGGACAAUCGCAGAUUUCGCAUCCAUCAAGCUCACAUGGUAAUACUGGUAGUGGUAAUAAUUGUGGUAACGGUUCUCUAAAAAGUGGGCUUGUAGUGGGAGACGGUGCUGGUAUGGGUGUUGAUGCAGCUUAUCCACCACCAAUUAUUAGCACAAGACCCGGAACCCCAACCGAUGACUUGUCUCGAACGCAAUACUUUAACGAUCUCGACAUUGCCAUUAAUCAAGUUGAAACUAGUAAACUUCGUGUGAGGCUGAAUUUGAGCACGAGUCCUUUGUCUGCAAGAGGAUCUAUUUUUUCAUCGGAUUCCGAAGAUGACGAAGAUGAAGAAAGUGGUAAUGUGCCACAAUAUACACAUCCCGAAUUGAAGAAAUCACAAUUGCACUUUAACAAACUGGACGAUAUUGAACCUUUGUUAUCGCCAAUAAAAAGAAUUUUUUACAUCUCACCUUAUGGAGAAGAGAUUUGCCCCGCUGCCAACCCGAGAGUCACAUCAACAAUCACCAAUAGUGAUACAUUGAUUUAUUCUAUUGGAUCGUUGAUGACUAGUAUUGUUCCUAUUUUAGUGUUGAAAGGUGUAGGUAAGGCGAUCAUUGGCAGCACUAAUUGCAAAAACAAGAUCUUACUUCUCAAUGGGUGUUUGGAUAGAGAAACAGCCGGUAUGACAGCAUUCGACUUUGUUAGAGUGAUUGUCGAAGCUGUUGAAUACUCGCUAAGAAAACAACACGGUGAAAAUAUAAGUGACACUCUUAAGGAAAUGGGAGUCGAGGCAGAAGCUGGGAGGAUGCAAAUGGGGGUGGGGGUGGGAUUGCCAUGGAAUAAGGUCAUAACCGAUGUGAUCUACAUGACAAAUUCCAAUAUAUUCGUAGAUAAACAAUUGUUGAAUAACAAAGGUGUCAAAUGUACAGUGGUGAAACGAAUUGAGGGAACCGAUUAUUACGAUUUAGAUGACUUAGAAAAAGUGCUUAGUGGUAUAAUAUCCUCUCAAUAA